GUUGUCAUGUGACCUGGCAGCGCUGUCAGUGAUGAGGAACAGCUGAAGAAGGGAUUGUCUCAUGGCAGCAGUUUGGCAGCAGGUGUUGGCAGUGGACGCAAGGUACAAUGCUUACCGCACGCCUACCUUCCCUCAGUUCCGCACUCAGUACAUCCGCCGACGCAGCCAGCUGCUCAGAGAGAACGCCAAGUGUGGCUAUGAGCCGGGUCUGCGCAGGCAGUACCUGAGGCUGCGCAGUCAGUUGCUGGCCUUGCGCUAUGGGCCCCUGUCUGAGCAGAGCAGCUUCAGGGCCAGCAGUGUGCGCAGCUCCCGCACCACACUGGACCGCAUGGAGGACUUCGAGGAAGACCCCCGCUCUCAGGGGGCUCGUGGUCACCGCCGUUCUGUCAGCAGAGGCUCCUACCAGCUCCAGGCCCAGAUGAACAGAGCUGUCUAUGAUGAAAGGCCUCCGGGCAGCCUGGUGCCCACAUCAGUGGCAGAGGCCAGCCGUGCUAUGGCAGGGGACACGACCCUGAGUGAAAAUUAUGCAUUUGCAGGAAUGCACCACAUAUUUGACCAACAUGUCGACUCCGCUGUUCCAAGGUUGCAGUUUGCCAAUGAUGACAAGCAUCUACUCGCUUGCUGCUCGCUGGACGGCAGCCUGUCCAUCAUGACGCUGUCUCCGCCCCCUGCCAGCGUGAAAGUGACUCUGAAAGGUCACGGAGGUCCAGUGACAGACUUCGCCUGGUCCCUGAGCAAUGACAUCAUCGUGUCGACAUCAUUAGACGGGACUCUGCGGAUCUGGAACACUGGGGACGGACGUUGCAUCCGAGAGGUCAGAGAUCCAGAGUCCAUUGAGCUGCUCUGCUGCACCUUCCAGCCCAUGAACAAUAACCUGACAGUUGUGGGGAACAGCAAGCACCACCUGCAGGUGGUGAACAUCUCCACUGGGAAGAAGGUGAAAGGGGGCUCCAGUAAGCUAACGGGGCGAGUGCUCUCUCUGUCGUUUGAUGCGCCGGGGCGGAUCCUGUGGGCCGGCGACGACAGGGGGAGCAUCUUCUCUUUCCUCUUUGACAUGGCCACAGGGAAGUUGACCAAAGCCAAGCGUCUGGUGGUGAGUGAAGGCAGCUCCAUCUGCAGCAUAUCUGCUCGAUCCUGGAUUAGCCGUGAGGCCAGAGACCCCUCCCUGCUGGUCAACGCCUGUGUCAAUAAGCUGCUGCUCUACAGGGUGGUGGACAAUGAAGGCACCCUGCAGCUGAAGAGAAGCUUCCCGAUCCAACAUGGCUCCCAGCAUGUCCACAGCAUCUUCUGUCCACUCAUGUCAUUUCGACAGGGCGCCUGUGUCGUGACAGGCAGUGAGGAUGGCUGCGUGUACUUUUUCGACGUGGAGCGCAACACCAAGGCUAUUGUGAACAAGCUCCAGGGUCACGGCGGUCCGGUCCUGGACGUCAGCUUCAACUGCGACGAGAGCUUGCUGGCCUCUGCGGACUCCACCGGCAUGGUCAUCAUCUGGAGGCGGGAGCAAAAGUAACCAGGCUUCCUCCGCUGCUUUUACUUGGACCGUCCAAUUACACAUCUGUGGAUGUUUUCUGCUACUAACUUUGAAUGUCAGCGAAUUUAAAGGGUCACCAACAUCAAUUCCACCAAUACAUAAGUAGAAGAAGAACAAAUGCUCUGUUUUCAUUCUAUGUAUAUGAAAAAAAGAAUAGAAUAUUAUUUCCAUAUACAAAACAUACAUAUAUAAUUACAAACACAAGCACUGCAAGUGGAAGAAGUCACAAAAAUAUCAGCAAGUAAUGAGCGAUUUGUUCAUGGUUUUUGAGGAAGAGCAGUGAAAUGAACGCUGCAGAGAACCAACAGUGCUGAGGGUUGCCACUUCCUGAAACUUGCUCCAUCUAUUUCUUCAUACGCUCUUCAUCUUUUGGUUAGAAGAAGAGGCCUAAAUGCUCACUGGCACCUGUAGCACAUCCAGCUGUCAUGCCAUGGGUUGGCAUUUCUCCUCUGAUAUUUAUAGUUUUAUCCUCAAUUACUAUUGCAGAUUCAACUUUGUAGACGAUAUUUGAUAGUUUCAUACUGCAUAUCCAUGUGUUCCAGAGCCGUGUCGUAACUCUAAGUGCAAUGAAGUUUAAGAUUUUAUUUUAUGUGUUUAAAACAUGACUGAAUUGGUGUGAGGAAUGUACAUCACGUUUGCAAGCAGAUGCGAAACUUGUCAGAGAUCUGGCUGACUGUUUACGUAACAGUUCUUAAAGCUGAGUCAUCACGUCUAGUGAAAUGGCCUCAUUCCCUCCUUUGCAUUCCAGUUUGUGUGCUUGAUGUCAGGAGGAAUAACAAGCCAAGCCUCACUGAAGAGAAACAAUGUACAUCGCAGCGUCCCUUGGUGUGUUUUGUCCUUGCUGUUUGCAGAGUCACGUUUAUAUUUAUUUGAUGCACAUGAAGAAUAAAUGACUGUAAUCGA